AUGGCUCCGUACACUUCCGAUGAGACGUUGUGAGUAUUGACACACGAAUAAGUCUAACCAUAAACUUCAUCAUAGUCUUUACCGCCCUUGAAUUCGUCAAUAUUGUGUUAGCUUUUUAUAGUUUUCUUACUCUCGUGAAAUUCUCGAUAAGGUUUGUACAAUAUGGACGAUUAGUUUCAUGAUCACGCAUAAGUUUAUUUUUAUUUUCGGUUACUAUGCCACAUGUGAUCUUUUCACUGUUCUCGCAAUAUAAACUAAUUAUUAUCGGCAAAACAUAUGGGGUCGUGCAAAUUUAAUUCUGUUUGCGUGGUCUGAUUCAUCUCACGCUUAUGCACUCCACAUAAUUGCGAUAUACAAGCAAUCGUGGUCAAUUAUUCUCUCUGAAGUUCCAGUGAGUAAAAAUUAUUCUACCUACAUAUAAUUUCCUAAGAAUACUACUCUCAGUAUCACACUCUUGGACUUUGGCUACCAAUCUUAGCUGAAAGUGAAAAUCUAGCGAGGUUUGCUGUUCAGCACAGCCUUGAAAAGACAUGUAAAUCUAGUUCAGGAGUGUUUGUUAUUGUAAAAGUGACAAAGGAACAAGCUUGAUCUUCUUCAUCCAAUAAUUUAUGUUAGCUUAACAUCAUGCUUGAACAAGUUCCUUUGAAUGGUGACCUAUUAACUCUUUAUUUUUCAACACGAAGAUAUUGUUGUGUAAACAAUCAUUCAUCUAAAAUUUAUCUAGAAAUUUGUUAUUAAUUAGGUUUCUGUUUUAAAGUCAGUUUGUUGAUUUGGCACCACUGAAUCAAACAUUCCUACAUCAAUAUGUUUUUGAAAUGCUUCAUCAAUAGAAUUGUUGUUAGUUAUUUUUAUGAGUUAGACAUAAUUAUGAAAGCAUACUUGCAUGUGAUUGUCAUGCAAUGAAAUUGUACAUGAAAAAUUAAGUUAAGGUCAGCAUUUGAAUCCUACCUUCAUCUUCUUUAUGAGACCAAAGAUUAUUGAAUUAAUUUUUUUUUAAUUUUUGCCUUUCUUUUAUGUUUAUUAAUAUAUGGAAAUGUUUUUUGUAAAGUGUGCUUUGAUGCUUCAGCUCAAUUAAAUCAAGCUAUUCAUCUGUUUCUUAUUGUCUCUACAAUAUUAAGAGAAGCAAAGACCUUGAAGCAUAGUACUUCCUGUUUAUUUCAGAUCAAGAACUUCAGUUAUGGAAAUGGAAGAGGAGGUAAGUGAUCAUCAGCAAAGUGCUGAGGUGACUCCAGCCAGCAGUGAGAAUGACCUUCUGGAAAAUAAAUCGGAGGACAGCAUCGAUGAUGAUGAUGACGACGAUGAAGAUGAUGAUGAUAUUGAUAAAAUGUUGAGUGAGUUGCAGACUUUCCAAGAGGUAAAUUCCUUGUUCUGUUUUUCAUAUUAUGUCAAGUUCAAAAGAUCUCUGUGUUGACAUAGUGGGAGGGCUGGAUAGGAAAGUAUUUGGCUUGUGAUCAUGAUGUACAGACUGAGCACAGUGGCAUCCGUGCUGUGGGUCAUGACCAAGAGUGAAAAAUUUUCCAAUCCAGCCAGAUCAAACUCAGUCAAUAAGCAUUUUAUCAUAUGACCACUGAUUUGUGAAAAAUUUUGAAAAAUUCUGUGUGGACAGAAUUUUAAGAAGCAAUAAAUGGGUGCAUGCCACAAAAAAUAUUAUACAAUUAAAAAAUUUUCCCUUUUUUUUUCUUGUCAGUACAAGAAACUCUCAACUCAUCAAAUAAUGCACUUUUUUUUUCUUGUUUUCAAUUUGUCAUUCUGGUUUUUUUUGUUGUUUUUUUUUUCAACAAAGCCAUGUGAGUGGGGGACUAAAAGGCUUUUUCAGAACAGCUCACAUCAACUUGUCUUUUUCUAUAGUUUUCUCUUGGACAGGGUGCACAGUAAUUAGUUAUUUGUGCUGCCCAGAUACAUGACUUUGUUGUUCAUAGUUUUGGAACUAACCAUUUUUAAUAAAGUUUACAAAUUUAGACAUAUACAUGAAAUGUGACAUGAUAUUUCUCAAUAUUUUAAAAGAGAGAGAGAUUUUCUGAAACAAAGUAAGCUGCAGGUUUUCAUUACAUUCAAAAGCCUUGCAGUACUGCACAUAACAAUAUCCACUUUAAAUCAUUAUACAAUAAUAAUUUAAGUUAAAUCAAAUUAUUUCAGGAAACUUUCUGAAUAAAUUAUGUAAAAUAGGGUCACACUCUGGAGAUAAUGGUCAGAGAUACAUUGCUCUAACUUUGUGAAAAGGUGUAUUUACCCUGGUAGUCACCAUUUUUUUCCAAGCUUUCAUUCAAUGUCUUCAUAAAUUUAUCACCACCUAAUUGUCCAGAAUGAAGAUUAAAAGUAAGAGAAUCUUUAUAUUAUGGAAGGAAAUUUGGAAACUAUUGGAGUAAAUGCAUAUCAUGAAUAUUGCAUGAGCAUUAUAAAGUUUACAUAAUGGUAAGAUCAAGUAUUUGACUGUGUAUGAAGCUGUUUUAAGAAAGUUUGUUUGAUAAAUUUCAUGUGAUAAACCCCAAAAGGUAUUGUGUGUAGUUUUCAGGUCACAGUUCUUGGACUACAGGUUUCAGGAAAAUUUUAGAAAAUGUCACUGUAAGGACUACAGGUUGCAAGUUUGAUGAAUUAAUUUUAUUGAAUUCACUUAUUGAACUUCGCUGAUCACUGAAUACCCAGAUUACCUUAAAUAAGUUUUAAGAUUGUCACAUGCACUUUUGUCCUUUUUUUUUUCUGACAAGCUCUCUCAAAACAGCUGUAUACAGUAUACAUGUACAUGUUCAUGACUCUUUUCAAAACUUACUUUUGUUUGCAGGAGCUUGAGCAGAAGUCACAGUUUCCAACAGAAGAUGAACAGAGCCCAGGUAUAUCGCCAUUUGUACCACCCUCACAGCCUCUGGUAAGAAUAACAUGCCAGUAAUUGAGAAGUUAAGCUGUAUUAAAACUUUAAGGCAGACAGCAAAACUUGUUCACUAUUAAUAGUAAAAUUUUUUUACUACAUGUAGUUUGACUGAUAGCUUUUAGGAAGUGUUGAAAAUGAGAGUUCAUUUUAAUAAAGAGCAAAACUUGAAGUUAGCAUAACUUUGUUAAAAAUAUAUAUUAUGUAUAUCACAUAUCAACCCUUUAACUCCCAUUAUUGACCAAAACAGAACUUUUCCUUACAAAAUCAAUUCCAUAUCAACCGGAUGAGUGAUGAGGAAAAUAUCAAUUUGGGGAUAAUUAGUUGAUCCAAUACUGAAUUCUCUGAACUGACAUUAUGAGAAUUAUAUGUUUGACAGUAAGGAGAAUUACAAAUUUGAACUUGGAGUUAAAGGGUUAAGAAUCAUGUUGCAAAUGGAGCUGAAUGAUUGAUAUGCUACUUACAGUUGUGGAUGUAAUUUUUAGCUUAAACUGUCAGAGUGAAUUUGUAUUUUCACAUUGUUCAUGUGACCAGUCUCCAUAUCUCCAUUCAGCACCUUUUAGUAAACCAUAAUUUCCAGAAGUUGUUUGACUGAGUUUAUGUUCUCAAUUCUUAAGAAGCAUUUCAGUUCCGUACAAUUUUCAUUGUUUCCUUCCAUUUUUUCAUUAUCUGGAAUGACCUUAUUUUGCAGCCUUUUUGUAAAUCCUUGAAAAAAAAAAAUGUUGCAUCAACAAUCUCCUUACUAAAUUGAUCAUUCUUAACAAAACAAUAUUGUUUCCUUUGUUUUAUUCAGGAUCAGUUCAGAUUUUCCAUAAGUGCUAUAGAGGGUGAGUUGAAAUAUUACUAUGAGCAACUUGUUAGUUUAAUUAUAUGAAAGCUAUGAAUAUUGAUGUGAGUAUAUGGCAGCAGUAUAGCACCUGAUAAGUUGAGUGAAAUGCUACAGAAAAAAAAAUGCCAUCCAUAUCCUUCACACAGACUCUGCAAUUUUCUAGGAAGCAACAAUCCAUGCUUAAAGUCUUGCAAUCUUUUCACUUUGAAGAAACAUUUGGGGUCUAGAUUGGGUAUCUUGGUUGAUUACAACCAUAGUUUGCAUUUCACCGUAAUAGCCUAAGUCUAGUAACUUUGAUCUUGACUUACUCACUCCAUAUCUGCCAACUAUUGAUCUAUGACUACAUGUACCUUGUUUCAGUCCUCUUCUCUGAUAGUGAGAAAUGUUUUAACAGACAGUUAAUGAACUGUGAACUGUGUGUUUUUUCCAACUCUCAUGGUUGUGAAUCAAAACCUCCAGUCUCUAGUCAGCUCUUGCCUGCUGACCAAUCAUUCAUCACACCAAUGAAACACAUGCCCUUCCACUGGCUUGUCUGAAAAAUUUCCUGUUGAUAUUUUUGAAAGGAAGGUAAGCUCAGUUAAACUUAUCAAAAUGGUCAUACUGUCUGAUCAUCUCUCUGUCUCUGUACCUGUCUCUAUUUCUGUCUCUCCCCAAAGAAUAUCAUGCACCAACAAUUCACCUACCUUAAGAGUUUUUGUUAAACAAGUACAUGUAGAUCAAUAUCGUGCAGCGCCAUCUUGGAUUUUGUGGUGUGAGAAAUCGAGGCUGAAUGUGCUUUAACUUGUUGGGUUUGUUGCGUGACAGUGUUUUGAGAGGAGAUUCUUUCUGUGGGCCAUACUUGCUGGUAAACAAUGUAACACAAGACACUCCCAAGACUUUAAGCCUGUUCAGUUUUGAUUCGGUGCCCCCCCAGGAUGGUUCUGUGUGACAUUGGUCUAUUAAAAGGAAUUCCUCCACCAUGGUUGAACUUUCUCACAAUAGAGCAUAUGUAUCACCAUAUUUUGGAGAAUGUAGCACUCAUUCCUUCAGCAUACAGUCAAUAUAUCAUUCAUAUCUGAAAAUAAUAAAUCCUGACAGUUUUAAAAAAUUAAAGCAAACAUUGAUUGUUUAAGCUGUGCAGUAUUUCACACCACAAUCAGUAAUUUACUUAUCACUCAUCUUUCAGGGGAACAAUUUUCCAUCCCAGACUGUUUUAAAUACUUUUCAUUUCAUUAGUGUCAGGACAAUCCUGGCAGAUAAAUUUAUCUGAUAAUAAAAAAUAGUUGUCACAUCUGAUCUGACUUAUUGAAAGCUAGUCAGGAAGAUCAUUGCAUUCCACUAUCAGUUGGCUUUAAGUCAUUUACUAUAAAAAGCUGAUAUCUUCACAACAGUUAAAUUUGGUGAAGUGAUUUCAGUCCGGUACAUGCACAGAAAGCCAGUGGAUGCUAUGUCACUCUCAAUAAGCUACCUGUAAGUUCAACAUAAUGUGUGUGGUGCUAAGUGAAUUCUUGAAUCUUGUAAACACUUGUUGAAGAUAAAGUAACAAAUGCACAUGCUGGUUAUUAACCAAGCUGAUAAGAACCUGCUGGGCUAAUUAAUUAACUUGGCUUAUCUCUUGUAAUUUUUGGGAUAUGUUGUGAUCUCUCUUUGUUUAUUCCUUCUUAAUGCCAAAAACCUACGUUCAAAUAAUGUUUACUUCUUUUUUCUUUUAUGCCUGAUCAUUUGAGAAUAGUUAUGACUUAAAAAUUUUAGACAUGAAAUUUUUACAUUUUUGUCUAAGACUGAAUUAUACAUCCUUCUAUGCUGUAUGUAUCUUGCAUAUAUUUGCCAAGAUGUAAUUUGCUACCAUGCUUAAUUAUCAAAUACUUAGCAUGAAGUGCUGUAGCUGUAUCAGCAUGCUUUUUUACAACAUCCUGUUCUGUUAUUGGCAGAGUAGUAUGUAGAUCUCUUGUGUGGUUCUCUCUUUCUCUGUUUUCAUGAAAUUACCUUAACAAACAUUUUUGGCAUGAAAUAUGUGUUCAAGAAUCAAAAAGUGUAUAUUUUAUUUAACUCUCUCAGACAGGCUCAUUGACACAUUAUCUGUGCCAAACAGGAACUAUCUUAUCAUGUUUAUUAAAAAAAAAUGAUAAACAUUUAUAGUAGAAAAUGAAUGAAAAAGAAGGAAAAAACAAGCUUCUGUUUAACAUGCAGUUAUUUUAGAAUUCUUCAUGCUUUUGGUGCAAAUUUUUUAAAUCUGAAAAAAUUAUUGGUUUGUAAGGUUUUGUUUUUUAAUAUUUGCCUGUAACAGUGGCAGUGUGAUGUAAUUUGCACUUUGUCCUGUAAGCAUCAGAUUACUUAACUUCACCCACAGUUUGUUGUCCCAGCUUGAAACAUACACCAAUCUGUACUUUAAUUGUUUGCCAGCAAAAUUGUACUUGUUUACACUCAGCUGUUUAAAACUACCCAUAAAAGUUCCUGGGGUACAUUUUCCAAAAGAACUAAUAUCUGUGAUGCAAAAACAGCUUAUUCAAACGGUGUGUUGGUGAUUGCAUGGAAAACUUCAAUCAAAACCUGACCCUUGGGUUUUGUCAUAAGAUACUUGAUAGCAUCAGGUUUCGUGUUGAUCAUUUAGCUCAGCCACGUUUUAGCUGUAAACCUACUUAUAGUUAAUUCAGUCCUUGUGGAGCCUGCAACAGCAACACAUGACGCAUUUCCUCUGAUGUGGUCAGUUCUGAAAAUUUCCUCUCUUUGACUUGUUUUUAUUUUCUUCAAGCAGUCAUGUGCUGGCAAGAUUUUGAUCAAAUGAUUGAAUCAGAAUGAUGAAAAGAACAGUCUUUUUAUUAUGCUGUUAGUAAUUAAUAAGUGUCAUGAUUGUAAAACACUGAUAUAAAAAUCUCUGUAUGCCGACAGGAAGUGGUGAAGUCGACUUGGAUGCCCUUCUAGAAGAUCUGUGUGUUAUGGAAAGGGACAUGACGUCUUCCAGUGAAACAGAUUCCAUGUUUUCAGAGACAAUCUCUAGCCCUAUAAUAAACUCUCCAAUCUCACCCAAAAUGAAGGUAUGUUAUGAAUUUUUCAUUCUUUUGGCAACAGAUACAAGUAUUGUCCUCUGUCUGAUAUGUUGGAUGAAUAACAAUUAUGGCUCACUAAUAUUUAUUAACAAUGCAAUGGAUUACAUGUGGUUUUCCCCAGUUAAGUUAGCUCCUAAUAAAUAUUUGCUAAGUUCCUAAUGAUGUUUGAGCAAGUUCCAUGUUUUGCUGCUCUGUGAACAAAGCUUUAGGAUAUUAUUACAUAGAUUAUGUGUUAUGUUCAGGGAUGUAUUUCCCUUUCCUGGAAGAAUUUCAACUCUGAUUGUUUUGCUAAAUGCAUUCGUGCAUGCCCCAGUUAUUAAUUCAUACAAGUCACUUCCCAUCUGAAUAUUGUACGGUAUUGUCACUGAUGGUUUUGCUGGUAUCUCAGAUGUCAAAAUUAAGUACUAACUUGGGUUUGAAAGUUAAAUUACAGACUUGACAGGAAAAAUAAUAUUUGCUCAAAAGAUAUAACCAGCAAUUCUUUCUACUGACUGUUUUGGUUUUCAUGAUGUGAGGCACACGCUCUGAAGUGUCUUGCUGUGAUUCAGCCCCACAGGCUCCUAAGGGAGUUGUCUUACAGUCACAUAAUAAAUGCUUGCACGUUUUUUGUAUGGACAUGGCACUAUAAUUAUUAUAGAAUUUAUCUCGGCAAGCUUUCAUUGACAGCCAUGUAACAGAAACAUAAUUUAAAAAAUGGAAAUCUUUGCAGCAUUCUCUAUCAAUUUAUGAGGUUAUUUUGAAUAAAGAUUCUAAAGUACUGUAAAUUAUUUUGCUAAAUGUGCCUCCACAAAUCAGAAAUCAAUGUAGACUGCAAUAGAAUUUAGGGGUAACUUAAAACUUUCAUUGAGUCACCAAAUAUUUGACUUAAAUGGAGAAACCAAAUCUUAUUAUAAUAAGUAAAGCUAUUAAAUCAACCGGGAUCAAGACCAUAAAAACGUUUUCUAUAACAUUUCAAUUUUCACAGGAUUAGUGAAUUUAGUAUCUACAUUCAGUAAGUUAUCACCCAAGUUUAGAGAGGGCUUCUGUGUUGUUGUUCAAAUAUUGCCAUGAUAGAUAAACCAUUCAAUAUUUACAUAUGUUAUAGCUGACCUUUUGCCUGCAUUUUCCACAUUAGGGGUAUUUACAUUAAUAUUCCAAGGCAACAGCUGGAGUAAUUAUUUUUGCACAAUUUUCCAAAAGAUUGUCAAAGUUAAUUGGCACUUGAAAAUAUCUGUAAUAUUUAAGUCCUUUGGAAUGUACCCAGUAUGAUGCUGAGCUAUUUGAUUCAUUAUUCAGAACAUGGGCUUACCCAGUAUGUAAAUGUUUCUCUUCAAGCUAGGGUUAGAAACUUGAUUCCCAGGUUGAUACACGCAGAUGAAAAACACCAAACCAAUAUAGGGUCUUUUCUUUAUUUAUUCGUUUUCCUAUUCCUUGGGGCAUUAUUAUAUCGAAGCGGUCAACUUAAAUCAUUAUGUGAAGAAAUUACCUAAAGUAUUGUGAUCAUAAGUAUAAUCUUGAUUUUGGUAAUGAGCACAUGGCAAUUAAAAGAACCAAAAGAAAGGUAAAAAUGAGCAAUAAGUUUCACUUUGAGUAACAACUAUGAGCUAGGUAACAUAAUCACAAAACAAGUUAUUGCUUACCAAUGUUUAUGGGUCUUGAUUAUUUAAUUAUUAAGGAUUACAAUCUAACUUGUCUUCUAUUCAAAAACAAUUUAGAUCACUCUGGGUCUUAUCCUGAAUUGAAACGCCAAUUAUAAUUUUCUGUUUAAAAAGAACUAAUCACGGAGGCGUCAAUCUAAUCAGAAAAUAUUUCGCAGCUUUUCUCAGAAGUGGUAACAUUUAGCUUCAAUGGAAGCAGUUACACUGUAUGAUGCUGUUGAUUUGAACAUUUCUAGGUGUCAGCUGAUGUGCGUAGCCGUCUUGAAAGUGUCCAAGAAGAGACAAGAGAACUUACCCCUGUGAGUAGUGAGAGUUUUGUCUUGAUUUUGUGUUCUCUUUUAGCUCAUAACAAUCUCUCAGAACAGACAUUGAAAGAAAUGAUUGGGAUCAGUAGGGAGAUUUAGAUUUAGAUCCUGGAGCUGAAGCAAAAAGUACAAGGAACACUUUCAGAGGAGUUUCUUAAAUCCAAAAUCAAUAUAAUUAAAUGGCCAAUCUGAAUUUUUUUAUUUAGUCCCUUGUAGAAUGAGACAUAUUUAAAAGCUAUGUCAAUGCCACUUUUUUACUGUGUUGAGCUAUAUUUUAGCUAUGCAUAGCUAAAGACUGCCUAUUAAAUCACUGUAUUACUCCACACACAACAUAGUCCAGUGUUGGUAAUUCUCGUUGCUGUCUGCCAUACAAUUCUUAUGAUGUUAUUUUAGAGAACUUGGUACUGGAUCAAUUAAUAAUCCCAUAAUUGAUAUUUUUCUUUAUUCUCAUCAGCUAGCUGCUUGAUAUUGUAUUGAUAUUGUAAGGAGAAAUUCCGUGUUGGUCACAUGUGGGAGUGAAAGGGUUAACCAUACAUCACAAUGAAUUUAAUCCUGAAAUACUUCUUCAGGUGGAAAUUGGUUUUAAGAUCAGGUUGAAGUGAUGGUGUGAUUUUCUCAAUUAUAGGAGGAACAACAUGAAAGAAUCAAAGCAGAGAAAAUAAGGAUAGCUUUGGAGAAACUCAGGGCAGCUAGAGUGAAAAAGUUAGUUGUCAAAGUAUACAAUGAUGAGGAUCCAACAUCAAAAACUGUGGCCAUUGAUCAGACUUGGACGGCAUGGGAAGUAUGCAAGAAAAUGAUGCGCAAGAAUGACACAGAACCUGAUCCCAACUGGGUUCUGAUCGAAAGAAUUCCAGAACUCUUUUUAGGUCAGUAUGGAUUUGCAGAAUCUUCUCAACAAAUUGUUAGCUAAGUAAUUGACGGUUCAAAAUUAGAAUGCAAUAGUUAUUGAUUUCAUGUGUGAUUUUGAUUUAUUUGCAUCUUCAGAACGACUCUUGGAAGAUCAUGAAUCAGUAGUGGAUGUAGUUUCAACCUGGCCAUGGGAUUCUGAGAACAAACUAGUGAUUAAUAACAGAAGAGAAAAAUAUGCACUUUUUAGAAACCCACAGGUAUGUCAAAAUGACUUUUGAGACAUUUCAUUUUGUUUAAGGCCCAAAGGGUUUCGUAGUCUUUGAUGUUCCCUGCUCCUUAUCAAACUACAGUUUUCAGGUCAAAAUCAUGUUAUAAAGUUGAAUGAGGACCCAGGACUUUCUCCUGAUAUGACACUGAGUAAACAGAUUAGAAUUUAUCAGUUACUGAAGUUCAUACCAAUGAAAUUAAUCUGUUGCAGAACUUUCUUCUGACAAGUGAUACAUCAGCAGGUGCUGCACAGUUGGCAGAGAAAAGUAAAGAUAUUUUGCUGCAGGUGAUAAAUCAUUUGAUAUUCUUUAAUAAGAAUUGGUAGCAAUCCUAGAAAAUGAUUGUUUUGAUUGUUUGAAAAUCUUUGAAAAUCUUUGAAAAUCUUUGAAAAUCUUUGAAAAUCCUUUUUUAGACCAUUGUUUAAGAUUUAAGACAUAAUGCUCUUUCAGAGGUUGAUAUCACUUUCACCUUUCUUACCUCUUAAAUUGAGAAGCAUCUGAUUUCUUCUACCAAUAUCACCCCUGAAUUAAACAUUAAUUUCAUGAGAAUAAAGGGAAUGGUUACCAAGCAAGCUGUUGGUUGUUGUACAAAUUCUCCUUGUCAGCACCAAGGAAAUGUAUAGAGGACGGUUUAGAGGAUAUUCAUACUAAUGUUAGGUGUGGAGGGUUUAAGAAGUUGUAAUGAGAUAUACCAAUGAAGCCAGAAUGUGGAAGUUAUUUGAACAGAAUUGACACUUUGUGAAACCGUGUACACGAGGCGUUGCCCAUGAUAAUGUCACCCACCCCUGACCAUAGUGUUUGUUUGUUUGUUUUUGACAGGAAUUCUUUCAAAAGGAUGCCAUGAGACUACCAGAACUUGAUGGUAUUUUGUACCUUAAGGAAGGGAAAAAAUCCUGGAAAAAGCAUUAUUUUGUUCUUAGAGCAUCUGGAAUCUACUAUACACCAAAGGGAAAAACUAAGGUGAGCAUGGCUAUUCUUAGCGAAUCCGCUCUCAAAAGUCAUCGGAAUACUAAAUCCUUUUAAUUAUGUGUGAGCUGAAUCUUCCUGAAUUACUUAACAUUCCAAGUCCUACCCUCUUUAAAUUUUCCUUUUUCGAGCUUCAGAGAGAAGAGGAAAAAGACAAUUGCAAACAGAGAGAAAGAAAAACUUGAUUGAAUUUAGGGUUGAGCAAGCUAAAUACAGUUGGUAUUUGUGCCCCUCAAAUAUUUUCUGGGUUUACACUGCGCGCCAACUGUCUCAUACCCUAUUUAUCCAUUUGAUCUACUUACAUUUACCUUUUAUAUACGAUAAUCCCCCAAAGAGGGUAUGUACGUGCCUCUGUUCUAUUGGCUUUUACAGUUUGUAAUUAAUAAAUUGGUUUGAUCGAUUCCUUCUACAAGGAAUAAGGUAUACCUCCCUGCCAUUUGUUGGUUUGUUUUAAACUGGGUGAUUGCAAUUUUUUUUAAAGUGCUUUCAAUCAUGAGUUUAAUCUCGUGACCCAUGCCUCUUUACAGCUCUUUUGUUAUGUUUUAUUUCGGUUUUAUUUUUUGUACUCCUUCUUAGCAAUAAAAGUUAAGAAAGCAACUACAUUUAACAUAUGAACUUACCAACAAAACACUAAUUUUUUUAUUUGUAGUCGUCACGCGACAUCGUAUGCUUGUUGAAGUUUGAACAUGUUUCAAUCUAUAAUGGUAUUGGAUUCAAGAAGAAGCUGAAGGCGCCCACAGAGCACUGCUUCGUUUUAAAGGUAUGUUUAAGGUUUUAUUGUGUAGCUUGGCUCAGUUUAGCUCUUUCACCAAAGGAAAUACAAUAUCGUUUUGCAGAUUAUUUCAGUGUUUGUUAGGGCAAUUUCAUUCGGGUGACGAAAGUAAUUUGAGAUUCCACCAGUUUUGCUUUAUUUCGCUCCAUCAUUGGUCCUAAAAAAUCGCGCCUUCCUCUCAAUCAGCCUAUCAGAUACAAAAGAUCUCCUGCGCUUUGAAGCCGUUUGCUUGUGUUUACUUUGAGUUCUGAUUGGCCUCCUGGGAUAUCGUGGCCUCUUUGUUCUGUUAGGCCGAAGUGCUAACUUCGGUUUUGAUUUUACGACACAGUGGAAGGGCGCUCUACAAAAUAAUAUUGAAGUGAAUCUUUGUACUUGACAACGAUCCUGGUUUUUUGACACUGGUGUUGUUAAUGGUGUAUUCGGGUGAAAUUAUGAAGAAAAAAACUCGUGGUUAAUCCAAAAAGGGUUCUUUGGUUGAAAAAAAAAACGGUGUAUUUGUGAAACACAUAUUUCAAAUGAAUGACUGAUCAUGAGCAUGGAACACACAAGAAAGUCGUCCUGAAAACAGUUUGUUCUUUGUGCACAUACGUGAAGCUCAUUUUUACAGUACGGAAAUGUAGUUAAAGCUUUAAAUGAGGAACUGUAAUCAUUCGAUCAAAGCGUGAUUUAGCAACAAAUUAGACAUGUCGCUGUCUUGUUUUUUUUAGCAUCCUCAAUACCAUGACCUGGAGUCAAAAGCUGUUCGCUGUUUUUGCGCAGAAGAUCUUAAAACAAUGCAGCGCUGGAUGGUGGGCAUCAGACUAGCAAAGGUGAGUUGAGCUGGGUUAUUUAGUCUUAUCCAUGCUCUCACUGUGGAAACGAACGGGAGAAGAGAAUGGGCGAGAGAAAAUCGGCGUGUUUUAGGGAAAGGGCUGUUCUUUGUGCGCAUGCUGUAUGUACAACAGAGCGGAAAUGUACUGCUGUUUCGAGAAAGACUGUGGGGAAAAAAGCGUAAAAGUGUACGCGACAACCCCGAUUUGAAUUUUUCAGGGGAAACUUAGAACACGUCACUGUAAGGACGAAGCAUGGCGGGUUAGAUGAAGUUAUAUGUAUUUAUUUAUUUGACUUGUUUCGAUCGACUGGUUAUCGGAUACCCAGAUUACCUUUCGACAUUGUUGCGUGCACUGUUGUCCUUAUUUCCAAUAACCUUUCUCGAAACAGCUUUAUGCAUUUUCUGUGAACAAGAGACUUUUUGCUAUUCUUCUGCAAGAUUCAUAUAAGGGUUACAUGGAAAAAUUUGUAUGAUAGCACCUUUUGGCUGUUCUGUAAACGUCGAUCAGAGAGGCUGGAAAACACAGCCAAGUAUUUUUUAUUUCUUUCGGAGCACAACAUUUUUAUAUGUUUAAAGAUAGUUAUUCUAUCAGGCCAUAUAGCUGCAUAAACAGGUCUGCAGCUCUGUUUUAACUUGGGGGUGUCGUGCAUCGAGAAAGCGUUGUGUGUGUCCCCUCCCUCCCUUCCCCAUCCCAGACGAUGGCGAAAGAGACGAAGUUUUUGUGUGAUUCUGUUUCUUGCAGUUCGGAUACAAAAUGUUGGUAGAUUAUACGGACACGCAAGACGAGAUGGACAAGCUUGCGUUCACACUAGACAGGAACAAGUUCACCAGGUCAUCAAGCUUCACUGCAGGACAAACUUCUGACCAAAUAGAUGGUAAACUUGAGGUUAGUGUUUUGGGAUUGUUGCUGCUAUUUAGAAAUUUUCUGUCUGCGGCAAGACAAAUUCUGUCAGCUAGUAUCAAGUGAUAGAAAGUGAACAUUUGCGAGUGUUUUUAAUCCCAAAGAUAGCGUGACUUUCACUGGCCAGAUAUUCAUGUCACGAUAUUCAUGUUACGAAUUCUUUAUGAGAAUAUUGCAACUGGAGCAGUAAUUACAAAUAUUAACCUUUGGCUUAAUUAUUUUCAAUUUGCGUCAUUAAUAAAGAAAGCAUUUGGAGAAGCCGAUUCCGGGUGGUCCAGCGUCGUAUGUUAAUUUGUUGGGGCAUUGAAUUCAUUAAUUGUCACAUGGAGUAAAUUAACUUUGUAUGUCAUCACAGUCGCAGGCUGAACCACCCAAGGAUUAUCAGUCGAUGAAAGCAAAGGUUCAGUCUCAGAGAAUUAAAGAUUCAAUCGGCACAUCCUCAAUCCAUCCCAGUGGUAAGUAGAAUAAACUGUUUGGCACGCAGGCUAUGGCUGGUAAAAUAGAAGAGAGUGAAAAGAGUAGAUGGUAUAAUUCCUCUCAUGUGUCCCUCUGGUGACUUCUUUGCCACGUCGCUUUGCGCCUGUCACGCAGGCAGGCAGUUAAAAGACAAAGCCUCUGUCAGCUAAAUACACUUUCACUGUUACUUGUGCGAAGCGUGAAGUGGUACGAGGAGGGGAGGGGAGGGAAGGGGAGGGGAGGGAGUUUCUAGUUGCAUGUGAUAACGGAACAUGUCGGUGUCCACCUAAAUUCCAAUAAGACGCUAAAAAAUUCCUGUCUCAGCCAAUGGUUACGUUUCGGCCCUUGCGUACUCUGUGAAUAUUUUGAUUAGCAUGGACAACGAGAUGUAUAUAUAAACCUCGUUCCAUACUCGUUUAUUUUGAAAUAAAUACAGUGUACCAUUCAAUAUUUUAUUCUGAUCUCUUAGGUAGCAUGAGCUUCUCCGUCAACAGGAGUAAAAUUGAACCCAAGAAGCCUUCAAAGAAGAUUGGAAAUUUGUUUUCGGAUGCCUGGAAGAAAGGGAACGAGUAUGACUCUAAGGUAAAAUUAAUUCUUGUUUUUCUCGACGUAUGCUUUGUAUCGGAACUGUGUUAUGAUGGAUCCCUUGCUCACAAACCACCAGCCGCAAUUUUUCUUACACUUUUUAAGGCAAGUUUUGUGUUUUUGUUUGAACAGAAUAUUUCUGAACCCAUCUCACCCGAUCCACCCUCAACGCAUAGUGCGGGAGCUGCUACGCCAAAUACCUUGGACCCAAAGCCUUUCACCAUAGAUAACGUGAGCCUGCAACCUCUGGAGGAAGAACACGAGGUAAAGGAUGAGACCCAUGAAACUGAGGCGGGAGAAGCUGUUGUUCCAGAGCACAAUUUGGUGUUAGAUCCACCGCCUUUACCUCGGAAGUCAUUCUCCAAGAAAAUAGAAGGGGAACCUGCACAGCCACAGGAAGACAACAGCGAAGACAGAAAACAGGCGCAGAAUGGUGGUGAACUAAGCCCACGGGGUAGGAGCUCGUUCAAACAACCAAGGAGGACUCGCAGCGUGUCGCCGCCUCCACCGCCACCAUCCCCACCCUUGGCAAAUCGUGGAGUCACCCAGGAGCCUAGUAAUAACAUGGGAGUAUCUCACUCUUCGAAUUCACGCGGAAGUGCUUCCCCUCCUCCCCCUCCCGUCCCUCCAAAAUCAGCGACACCCCGUACUUCGUCUGUAAGUUCAGAAAACAGCGUGUUCCAACGAACCUCGUCUAGCGCUUCGGACCACGAAGUGUUCCCGCAAACUCCUUCAAUUGUUUCAGACCAAUCUGGGAUGCCUCAACCCGCUCCAAGUACGUCAGACCAAGAAGUGUUCAGCGGCUCGCUCCUUCCACCCCCUUCACGGCUUCUCUCCACCUCCAUGGAGGAAAUGCCUCCACCGCCACCUACCUUAGACGUUCAAGAAGAUGCAGACGUGGAGCUCCCUCCUCCUCCUCCAGAGGUGUUGUUUAAAGAAAGGCUUAGCAUGUCUAUCAGUAACGGCAGGCGGAGAACCCCUAGUGACGCCCCAGCAGUACCGCCCAAAACAGGGAGACCAAGAUUUAGCAGCUCUGGGCCGCAAUCUCCUACCCCUCAAGGGAGAACGUCUUCGUUCACGGGCAGCUCGUAGACAAGUUUGUUCGCCUGCUGGGUAAACAAACUACAAUAAAAUGAGAAAUGUUGGUAAUUAUUUAUUUGGUCUCGCGUGAAUAACCGCAGUUGAACACACAUGUGAGCUUAACUCGAGCGUUUAAGAACUAAUGAUACUUUAAUGCAAAUGAUGUCAAACCUAUUUUAUAUCUUUCAUAUAUGAACAUGUAUUUACAGGAAAAAUGUAGGAGGAAUUGUUUUUUUGAACAUUCCUAUAUUUUUCCUAUGAAGAAAAAUAGAAUUUCGAACCGUAAUUUUCAAAAUUUAAGAUGGAAGAAUCGGGUGUGUGAAGCUGCUAUGUAGUUGAGGAAACAAUAGAAUUUUUUUUUUAACUGAGCCCUUGUAGGAAGGAGGUGUUAUUAUAUGUUUCAAGGUGUGUUAGACAAUUUUAUUUUGACCCUGUCUAGAAACAUACCAAUCAUGAAUCGACAUCUCAUCAAAGAGCUAGAUUUGGAUCUAAGAUUUUAAGAGUUAUGACAAUCCAUUUCACACAAGCCAAUUAUUUAUCAGUGUAAGUGUUUAAACGGAAAUUCCGUCGAAAAGUUCCUAAAAUUAAGGUUACAGUUCAUCUGAACUAAACUGGACUGUUCGAAUGUAAGUUGUAUCGUCAAAUUUCAGUGAAUAUUCUUGUGUUGAAAUUUUGAUAUUUUUUUCUGAUAUGUUUAUUUGUAAAAUGUUGGAAGUGGUGUUGUUUGUCUCACGACACAGUUUAAGUUUUUUUUUUCACGAGAUCACGACAUGCCGCGGUCUUAAAUUCAGAAUUUUACGAUUGCCAUUAAUUAUUGCCACACAAGGGAAUAGUGCACCGCGCGCGCUGAUUGGCUGGUUCGGAAGUGAAAAGCAAGUACCAUUCACCUCCCAGCAGCCAAUGAGACCCAAUCGUGCGUCAAGAGUGAAAUCUAAGACCAUUUCUUGUAAAAAAAAGUUGAACUUAAUUUUUAAUAUCUGUAUUUUUUUUUCUUGUAUUGCGAUUAUGUGUUGUGGUCUCAACUAAAUACUAAUAUUGAAUUGAUGUAUCUGCUUAGUAGUUGGUUCAAAUAGAUUAAGUUCUGAUAUGUUUAAAUUUAUGUAGUGUGCAACAUUUUAUAUCAAAGGAAGCAAUCUAUGUUUAUUACUGCGAGAUAUUAUACAUUUAAAACAUAUUCAAUUGUACAUAGGAGUUAGGACACGGUACUGAUAAAUAUUUCUAUGUUAAAAAUAUAUUUUUGCACGUUGUAAUUUUUCGAAUAUACGCCGUUUUUGUAGUUAAUAAACGAUCAUCUCUGC